ACUUUUAGUCUGACAGGGGGCGCUGUGCUUUAUCUUAAGCGAAAGUUUCGUUUCAUCAUAAACAAAACUUAGUAUUGUAGGUGUGCUGUUGGAGAAGUUGUUCUUAUUUCUAACCGGUCGGACGCUUAUUGGUGUGUUAAAUCGCUGAUUUUUUCUCCCCUUUUUCUCUACAAUCAAGGGAGAGAUAAUUUAUUUUAUUUAUUUAGAUAAAAUAUAAACAUGGCGGCAUUACAAUCUUUGGAAGACGAAACCGUGUGUGCAGUCUGUUUGUCUUUCUUCACGGAUCCGGUUAUUACGGAAUGUGGGCACAACUUCUGCAAAACAUGCAUCUUACAGGUUUUAAGAGCGGGGAGUGGAACAUGCGGGCGGUGUCCAGAAUGCCGAUCAGUCGUGGUGGAGGACAGUUUGCGGUCAGACAAAAAGCUGGGCAACAUUACCGAAAUGUGCAAACAAAUUGCCGCGAAAAAAACGAAGCCAACAGUGAGUCAUAUGUGCAAGCAACACCAGGAAAAUCUUAAACUGUUCUGUCGAAUGGAUAACUGCCCUAUUUGUGUUGUCUGCCACGUAUCCAGUAAGCACAAAGGCCACGAAGUUAUGCCUAUAGAAGAAGCUGUAGAACAGUACAAAGGGUUACUGACAAGAAAUUUAAGUGCUCUAAGGGCUGGACUGAAAUCGACAACCGAAUACCAAAAUGAAAAAAAUAAGAAGCUGGAUGAAAUUAAGAAGAGUAUAGACUCUCUCAGAAAAAAUGUCAUCUCCGAAUUUGGCAUUUUGCAUCAACUUCUGAAUGAAGAACAGAACAGGAUUCUAGGCCAACUUGAUGCUGAAGAAAAGAUGUGUACAGGAGAGAUUAUUUCAAAUUUGAAGUCUGCUUCAGAGAAGAGUUCUUCUAUUGAUAAAAUAAUAAAGGACACUGAAGAAAGAUUGAAGCUUCAGGAUGCAGAAUUCCUCAGAGAUAUCCAUGGCAUUCUGAAUAGGACUGGCUUUGAUUUACGGUUACCAGAAGAACAAACGGCUGCAUUUCCAAUUCAUGCAUUUAGUAUUCCCCCUUACUAUUUAAUAUGGAAGAAAAUAAAAAGACAAUUCAGUCCACCAGAUCGCAUCACUCCAGUUCUGGACCAGAAUACAGCUCACAGAUUCCUCAUUUUAUCUAAGGACAAAAGCACUGUGAGCUGGAAGAACACUGGACGGAAAUCUUGCAAUCAAGAUAGUUUCAAUUUUUUGACUGCUGUACUGGGCCGUGAAAAGUUUAGUUCCAAAAAGUAUGUUUGGACCCUGGAAGUAGAUGGACUGAACUGGGCUUUAGGAGUCGUAAAUAAGUCUGUGAUAAGAUAUGGAAACACUGCAAUGAUACCUGCUAAUGGAUUCUGGGUUCUGAGGCAGGUUUAUGGUAAUUGUUAUGCAGGCAACAUCCUUCUCCGCCUGAAAAUGCCUCCAACCGUACAACUGGCUGUGUACCUAGAUUAUGAAAGAGGGCAGCUUACUAUUUAUAGAAGAGAUACAUUACAGCACAUCUACACAUUCCAAUACAAAUUUUCUGAGAAGUUAUUGCCAUUCUUUUAUGUUGGCAAGGAUACAAUAAUUGAUUUAUUUUAAUAUGUUCUGAUUACAUGCUGGCCUUAAAAUAAAAUUGCAAGACCUUCUUA